GCUGCGGUUGCAAACUUAAUCCAUUCAAUUUCGUUUCAGCUCCUUGCCAACUUGCAGCAUUUUCUUGUUUGCGAUGCAGCGGUGUGAGAAAUCAUACUAUACAAUCGAGGCAGGCGCGUUGGUAAAAAUUACGUGCUGUGGGCUACUGUGGACACGCUGUCGUGGUUGCGAAAUACUUGUCAGUCAUCAGAACAAUGACACAACCCCAUGGCGAACCGGCUGAGUUGUUGCGUUUUUGUUCUGUGCAUAAGACUAAAUCUCAAACGUUCAUUAUAAAGUCCAGCUAACAUAUCGAAACAGCUCCAAUUUGAACGACUCUCUCUUACAACCCCUAACUUCUACCACUUAACACUUGCUCCUCCAUUAACAUGCAUAACUUGCUCGCCGCCUGGUACAAGAGUACUGAAGCUCUGCUCAACUACUGUGAACCUGUGCUUGUAUACGGAGAUGCUAAAGAUAGCGCACAACUAGCAUUCCUCAGGGGCAUGAACAGCGCAGUUCAUUUUCUCGAAGGACAUGUUGCUCAUGACGACCAGAACGGCGUAGCUUUGGCGGAAGAAUGCAGCUAUCAAGUAGAAAAGUUGCACUACACACUUUUGGAUAAAGAACAAGAAGCCAAAGGUUUGAAUGACCAAAGCUGGAGAAAGAGACUGGCGGUCAUGGAAUUCCAAGAGCAAAGGAAACUGAAGAAUAGUUUAAAGGAUGGCAUAGCAGGACCGGAAACCGAGAAGGUCAUAUACCAAGAAGGCAUUGGUUUCAAUCUUGAUUGCAUCAGCACCCGUCUACUUCACCUUGCUCAAGCAAGUCCCCCAGAGAUGCAACAAGUUGCCACCACCGUGAUCCUGUAGAUGGGAUGGCUAGGACUAUCUGUACCGUAAUACCAUAGACGUACUUGCGAUAAUAUUCACAUUUAGUAUAGUUUGUGGAACAUGCAAAGUUUAAUUGUCA